AUGCCUCACAAGAAACAGAAAAAACCAAGCAAUGCUCUCCAAAACGGCUCUCCCCAGAAGGAGAACAAGCCGGAUGCUUUUGAAGCUGCCGCCGUAACAGGGCCCACCCUAGGCUCAACGAACUACAAGGAGAUUCAUCAGGACGAGGCGGAAGCUCUAAGAUCAAUUUACGGCGAGGAUUUUCAUGAUGUAGAGCUUCGGCAAGCAGCUUGGAAGCAAUCCUCACAAGUGGCUUUCAAGCUUCGUCUCAGAGCAUCGUCGGAUCCUAGCGUUAGCAUUCUACUCUUUGUUGAGCUCCCAACAACGUAUCCGAAGACUGUGCCGAAUUUGAUCAUAGAGGAGUCGGACGACAUUCGCCAAGGUCCAAGAUCGAGAAUUGAGAAGGUUAUCAAUCAUAAACCAAAAGAGUUACUUGGCUCAGAAAUGAUAUACGAGCUUGCUGUAAACAUUCAAGAAGUGCUGGAAGAUGCGGCAGUGGCACGGGCGGAGGACAAGGACAUGCCAAGCUUGGAGGAGGAGCGCAUCGAACAAGAAGCUGCAGCAAUUCAACAAGCAGAGCAACACAAGAAAGAGGAAUUGCGCAAGCAAGAGGCUGCCUCAGCCGAAGAAGAACGGGCAUUACAACGGCUUCUACAGGACAAGAUGAGACAACGGGAGCGUACAAAGGCUCGAGAUUCUCGACGCAAAAGCCGGACUGCAGCAUUAGAUAUUGGUGGCAUUCCUGAGGAUAGUUCUGACUACAUCACCUUUGAUCCGCCUUUGGUCAUGAACGAUAUUGACGAUCGACCAUUCACGUUUCAGGCGAUCUCUAGCAAGACUUUGCUUCAUACGUCCCCAACCUCUGAAACAUUCACAGCGAGGCCGUUUAUCUCUGGAAACCGCACUCGUGCACCACUUGUCGUGCUGAAAGAAAUAAAGCUGGACGAGAAGGGCUCGGACUCGUUGGCAUUUCGACAGCAGAUACGGACAAGCGAGGAUAGGCUUGAGGCACUGAAAAAGUUGCGCCAUGCGAAUCUAGUUGACCUAAUAGGGUUCAAAAUUUUCCGUCCAUUACAAACACCGGAAACUCCAAACAGUGGCUGGCAAAUCUGUGUUCUGUUCGAGUAUGCGAAUAAAGGCUCGCUUUCGGAACUUUUGGACAUGAUAGGCUCAAUCGCGGUGGAUUCAAUUCGCUCUUGGAUGAUACAAUUGCUAGAGGCUCUCGAUUUUUACCAUAGAAACGGCGUGGUACACGGAGACAUCCACAGUGGUCGUGUGAUGCUAUUUCGCCAUACAACUGGAAGUACGACCAUCAAGCUCCAGGGUAAUGUUGAAGCAAGUUUACCGCAUUGCAAUAAUCGACAAGAGACUCUAGCCACAUCUAGAUCACCAUUCUGGCUGCCACCAGAAUUAGCUCAAAACGACGCGCGGUCGACUGCUAAAACUGAUGUUUGGGAUCUUGGUAUCGUACUUUUACAAAUGGGAUUUGGAAAAGAUGUACUACAAAAAUACACAUCUGCCAAUGCCGUCAUGAACAGUCUGGACUUGUCAAUGCCUCUACAGGACCUUUUGCGAGAGAUUUUCAAGCCAGAUCCGAAGAAACGUCCGACGGCUUUUCAACUACAGCCAUCUGAAUUUUUCAGGGUUGGCGCUCCAUUACUUGAAAGUUCCGCAACUUCUCAUUCGCACUCCAAUCCUUUCAUGAGACGACCUCGUAUGGACUCGCAAGUAGGAAUGCCUAGUUUUUCACGUUACGCGCAUGACUUUGACGAGGCUGGCCGUCUUGGAAGAGGUGGUUUUGGCCAGGUGGUCAAAGCACGAAAUAAGUUAGAUGGGCGUUUCUAUGCCAUCAAGAAGAUAUCCCAGAAUUCUGCUGCUACCUUGAAAGACACCCUUUCAGAAAUCAUGUUACUGUCAAGGUUGAACCACCCAUAUGUAGUCCGUUACUACACAGCAUGGCUUGAAGAAGACCACGACACGAUUGACUCAGAUGCCUUAUCAACGCUUGACGACGAGUCAGUGACGGACAGAGACUUGGGCGCGAGUACCAGUGGCUUAGAUUACAUCAGCUCGAGCGGAUAUCCCAAAGUUGAGUUCGGUUUUGACUCGGAUGAUGAAGGCAGUACUUCUUCAGAUCGGGCGAUUCUUGCCUCAAAAGACUUGGUUGCUAGUAAUACGGACAUUGGGAGCGAGAUUGGCCGAGUACAGUCAGGGUCACAAGAUCGGCAUGUGACAAACACGCUGUAUAUCCAGAUGGAGUAUUGUGAGAAACACACUUUGAGAGAUUUGAUUCACGAUGGCCUUUAUGACGAUAUUGAUCGCUGCUGGCGUUUGUUCCGUCAAAUUCUGGACGGUCUCAGCCAUAUUCACAGCAACGGUAUCAUUCACAGGGAUCUGAAACCGGAUAAUAUCUUCAUAGACAUGGCAAACAAUCCUCGCAUUGGUGACUUUGGCUUGGCCAUGAGUGGACAUUUCACCACCGAAGUUCGUUAUUCCGCCGCCACAGAAGUAGCUGGAGACUUUACUCGCAGUAUUGGUACAACAUACUAUGUUGCUCCCGAGAUCAAGUCAACGUCCACCGCUCAAUACAACGAAAAAGUCGACAUGUACUCUCUCGGAAUCAUCUUUUUUGAGAUGAAUUACCCAUUACGGACGGGCAUGGAACGAGACCAUACUCUACGAGAAAUGCGUGAGAAAAACCAUGUACUGCCGCCGAUAUUUCAACAAGCAGAGAAAGCAAUCCAAGGGGAAAUCAUUGAAUCCUUGCUGAGUCACCGUCCUAGCGAACGGCCUUCUGCUUCCGAACUUCUUCAAAGCGGCAAAAUACCCCUGCAAGUCGAAGAAGAGACAUUCAGGAGAGCUAUCAUAGGCCUACUUUCAGAUCCUAACUCCCCCGAUUAUAAGAAGAUCUUGUCAGCUAUUUUCUCUCAAUCCCCGAAGAAAUUUGAAGACCUUACCUGGGAUAUGGAUUCUCGUGGAAACCCAGGGGCGAACGAGAUGCUUAUCAGAGGGCUAGUCAAGGAGAAGCUUAUACAGAUUUUCCGCCGACACGGUGCCGUGGAGACCACAAGACAGCCAGUGUUCCCUAGGUCCGGUCACUAUCAAAACGGUGUUGUGAAAUUGCUGGACACGUCUGGAAACAUGCUGCAACUCCCCUUUGAUCUUACGCUACCCAACGCUCGCUCUAUUCCUCGACAAGAUCCGUCCUUGGAGAAGACAUUCUCUUUUGGCAGAGUCUAUAGAGAGUCCCCGCACGGUGGUGAACCAAAAUCACACCGAGAAGCUGAUUUUGAUAUUGUUUCUUAUAACACACUGGAUCUUGCUCUGAAAGAAGCAGAGGUUAUCAAAGUCCUUGACGAGAUUAUAGAAACAUUCCCCGUGUUGAGAUCUGUUCCUAUGUGUUUCCACAUUAAUCAUUCUGAUUUGCUUCAACUGAUUAUGGAGUUUUGUCGUAUAACUGCAGCUCAGAUGCCCGUCGCGAAAGAGAUCUUGAGUCGAUUGAACGUCGGCAAGUGGACAAUGCAGAAGAUCAGGAGCGAGCUUCGAAGUCCUACCAUUGGUGUUGCAUCAACUUCUUUGGAUGACUUGGCGAGAUUUGAUUUCCGAGAUACACCCGAUAAGGUUCAGCAGAAAUUACAGAUAAUUAUGGAAGGAACCGAGUUCGCUGAUAGGUUGCCGCCAAUCUUUGCUCGAAUCAAGUCUCUGGUUUCCUUCAUCAAUGGAUUUGACGUCAAGCGCAAGGUAUAUGUCAAUCCUCUUGCGAGCCUCAAUGACAAGUUCUUCCGGGGCAGCAUUCUCUUUCAGUGUCUUUUCGAUGGCAAACGACGAGAUGUGUUCGCUGCUGGGGGACGGUACGACAAACUCAUCCAAGAGUUUAGUCCAAAACUGCUCUAUAGCCGUUCUCAAGCACAUGCAGUUGGCUUUAAUCUCAGUUGGGAUAGACUGAGUUCUUCAAUGAUUGAUCAUAUCAAAAAUUCAGCAAAAACUUUUACGAAGCAUGAAGCUGAUGUUGAAGGUUUUUGGCGAUCUCGACGAUGUGAUGUUCUGGUUGCAAGCUUUGAUCCCACUGUCCUCCGCACUGUAGGGGUCCGAAUCGUACAAGACCUGUGGACGCAUGAUAUAAACGCGGAACUUGCAGUAGACGCUUCUUCAUUUGAGGAGCUAAUAUCUCACUAUAAAGAAGAUAGUCACUCUUGGGUUGUGCUAGUCAAGGCUGACAGCAAUGAACGUGGACUAAAGAUCAGAAGCCUGGUCAAGAAAGAGGAAAUCGACGUCAGAGCGUCCGAUUUGGUGCCUUGGCUACGCUCAGAGAUACGAGCACAGAAUCAUCGCGAAAUUCUAGUUGACAAUCCUAAGCUUUUGAGGAAUCCUAGUCAGCCAGACACAGGUGGUUCUAGUGGAGAACGUGGAAAUGAUGUGCGUAUCUUGGCCGCUCAGCACAGGAGUAAGAAAACAAAUCGAAGAAACAUUAUUGAAUCAGCCCUUCUACGUUCUCGCGAACUUGUAGACAAAGCACUCAAUGGACCCAUUGCAGCUGUUGAUACGAGGGAUGAUUUACUUGAUGCCAUUCGGGACACUCGUCUAUGCGACCCUGAUAGCUGGCGAACGGUCAUCCAGAAUGCGCCCCUGACCGAAAGAAAAUACCUUGGGCAGGUUCACGAACUGCUUCGAGAUCUUGCUUCUGAAUAUGCACCCGGCGGAGCUAAGGAGCAUGAAUCGAAUAACGCCUUUAUCUAUAAUCUGCGCACUGGUACAUGCAUUUAUUACGACCUUGGCCGAACAGCGUAG